CAGUAGCCGCUGCGACUGCAUCCACCCAGUUCCUCAGUUCAGGGGAGCCGCCAGGCCAGGGCCGGACUCGGACAACCGACAACUCGCAGCGCAUCGGGGAGCCGCGCCCCGCGCACGCGCACUGGGAGUCAACCGGCCUGUGCGGACAGUCACAUGAUGCGGGGCGGUGCCGAGGGCGCAGGAGGGAGGGAAGAGGCAGGCAGGGUGGAAGGCAGCGGCCCGACCAGCGGCGGCGGUAGCAGCGGCAGCAUGGCUGCGCUCUACGGGGGCGUGGAGGGGGGAGGUACACGGUCCAAGGUCCUUUUACUCUCGGAGGAUGGACAGAUCCUGGCAGAAGCAGAUGGACUGAGCACAAACCACUGGCUGAUUGGGACAGACAAGUGUGUGGAGAGGAUCAACGAGAUGGUGAACAGGGCCAAACGGAAAGCAGGAGUGGAUCCUCUGGUACCGCUACGAAGCCUGGGCCUGUCCCUGAGUGGUGGAGAACAGGAGGACGCAGUGAGGAUCCUGAUGGAGGAGCUGAGGGACCAGUUUCCCUACCUGAGUGAAAGCUACUUGGUCACCACGGAUGCCGCAGGCUCCAUUGCCACAGCUACACCAGAUGGUGGGAUCGUGCUCAUCUCUGGAACAGGCUCCAACUGCAGGCUCAUCAACCCCGAUGGCUCUGAGAGCGGCUGCGGUGGCUGGGGCCACAUGAUGGGAGACGAGGGCUCAGCCUACUGGAUUGCACACCAAGCAGUGAAAAUAGUGUUUGACUCCAUCGACAACCUCGAGGCGGCCCCUCAUGACAUUGGCUAUGUCAAACAGGCCAUGUUCAACUAUUUCCAGGUGCCAGAUCGGCUAGGAAUUCUCACUCACCUCUACAGGGACUUUGACAAAUGCAGGUUUGCUGGAUUUUGCCGGAAAAUUGCAGAAGGUGCUCAGCAAGGAGACCCCCUUUCCCGCUACAUCUUCAGGAAGGCUGGGGAGAUGCUGGGCAGACAUGUGGUGGCCGUGCUGCCUGAGAUCGACCCGGUCUUGUUCCAGGGGGAGAUUGGCCUCCCCAUCGUGUGUGUGGGCUCCGUGUGGAAGAGCUGGGAGCUGCUGAAGGAAGGUUUCCUUUUGGCGCUGACCCAGGGCCGAGAGAUCCAGGCUCAGAACUCCUUCUCCAGCUUCACCCUGAUGAAGCUGAGGCACUCCUCCGCCCUGGGCGGGGCUAGCCUGGGGGCCCGGCACAUUGGGCACCUGCUCCCCAUGGACUACAGCUCCAAUGUUGUUGCCUUCUACUCCUACACCUUCUCCUAGGGGACCAGCCCCUGGCUAUACUCCUCUAUACCCAGUGGACACUGAGUGACCAAAAGGAAGAGUCUCUUGUCUUUUUUUAAAAAAAGAACACAUAGAAGAAAAUAAACGCACUUUACUUACUCCCCACUCGGAUUGUUUAUCAA